AUGCCCAAGGUCAAGAGCUUCUCGGCAGCUUGGCUGUCGAGCAACACCCCCGGUCAUCGACUGUUUGAGCCAUCAGAGGCGUCGCGGUCGCGCGCCUUGGAGGUUGGCUACUCGUCCAGAAAGAAGCCCAUUCCCGGCCCGCGCAGGACCAUCGCACGACGAGGCACCGAGAUCUUUGUAGCUGUCGGGCGCGAGAUCCGCUGGGGAGACCUUGCCUAUUUGAAGGACGAGUGGGCGGCGAAUCGCCAUGCGAAGGGGAGGUCAGGAUCGGGAAUUCGCAUCAAGCGCGAGGAAUCUACUCCUCCUUUCGAGGACGACAAGAACCUGGAGUCUACCGCUGCAUUGAGGGUAAUGCUAACCGUUGUCCAGGUCAUCAAGACGCCAGUUGCCGACGACAUUCGACAGCUCAUCAUUUCCCCCAACUCGAACUUCCUAGCCAUCUUGACGACACAUACCAUACAUAUCUGCGUUCUCCCGGAUCCCUCCCACCUGACCAGCGAUGAUGUUGGCCCUCUCAAGCCCAAAAUCUUCACACUGGGACCUACCACUCAUGUCACUUCCAGGCCUGCCAUUGUGUCUGCCCUGUGGCACCCGCUUGGAGUUAGCGGUUCUUGCAUUGUCACAGUCACGGCGGACGCCAUUGUGCGAGUGUGGGAAUUGUCUACAUCUGAUCGUUGGUCGUUCGAUUCUCCUACAACGUCCAUCGAUUUGAAGAAGCUGGUUGACGGCACCACUCUGGACCAGGACUUUUCGGCGUCUACUUCGGCCACCAACAAGGCCUUUUCACCCGACUCUUUCGACAUGGAGGUAGCAGCUGCUAGCUUCUCUAAUAAGGGAGCUGGUGGAUGGAACCCCAUGACCCUGUGGGUAGCCAUGCGAGAGGGAGAUGUUUAUGCUCUAUGCCCGUUGCUGCCUCAGCGCUGGGCACCCCCUCCCACCUUGAUUCCUUCGCUUUCGGUGUCGAUUGUUACCACAGUCGCCAGUAUCGAGGAUGAUCCCGAGAUUGGAGAACAAGAGAAGCUCCUUGCCCAACAGCAGCUGGAAUGGAUGGGAGAAUUGGAUUCUCAGGAACCACAAAUUGUCGAGGGGCCGAUUGGAGAACCUAUCACGGAGAUUUACACACGACCAUCCCGACCCGGUGCCAUCCCUCGCCUGCAGGGACCGUUCGAACUCGAGUCAGACCCUGAUACUGGCGAUGAGCUGGACACCUCGAUCACGGACAUGCUUAUUAUCGGAAAGAAGACUGAGACAGAGGAACUCAUGAUGGGAGAGGAGGAUGACCUGGACAUGGAUGACGGGGAUCAGGAGGGCCUGUCCCUUGCCGUGGUCUGUCUUCUAUCCACGAGCGGCCAAAUUCGCGUCUACCUUGACAUGGAGGGCGUACAGGCUCAGUGGUUGCCGCCAAAGAACAAGUCUAAGCUUGGACGACUUCUCGCCGAAUCUGACCCCCCUUCGCUUCUCUCCUUCCAGGCAAUUGAUACCAUGACCCCGGUUGAGGUCAACGAAGAGUCCUGGCCGGUGUUCAGCACCGACGUCACGUCUCGUUACAACUUCUUUGUUACACACCACGCGGCUAUCACCUUUAUUUCUCUCACGUCGUGGGUUUUCCGCCUCGAGGGUGAACUCAAUGGCGACUCUGAGGCUGGUACGGACUUCAGAAUCGGGCUCCUCGUCAACUCGCAGUCGGCUAGGGAGCGCAUAUACUCGCAGCCGACCGCUGACGUAACUGUCCCCUUGGCUGCAUGCAGUGUGCUCCGGGACCCUGAUGUCGGUUAUUUCCUCCUGUCAGCCACGCCUUACGACCCGAUCGCUUUGACCUUUGACAUGCCUGAGGUUGAUCUUGCCCCCAUUCGACAGGAGAGUCCUGACAACGAGCGUGAAGCCAGUAUGGCCCCACUGGACUUCUAUGAGCCUCGUCCAGUCUUCAACCCGUCGCAUGCAUUUGACGAAGGCUCCGCUUUGCCUACUUUGCUGGAGAGGCUCCGCACGUCUCGGCACAAGACGGUAGUUAACCAGGAAGUGAGGCUAAGCCCGCUUACACUCCAGAUCUUUACCGAUGCACACAAGGUCUUGGCGGAUGAGACCCAUCGUCUCGGGAUGGCAGCUGCCGAGGUAUUCCGGCGGUGCGAGCUUCUCCAGGCUGAGCUGAAGCAGCAAGUGAUGAAGGCCAAUGAGGUCAAAGGCAAAAUUGACACGAUCAAUGGAGCGCACCGUGACGGCGAGGCAGACAAUGACAUAAGCAUGGAGGCGAGCGUGACAGCGCCAGAGUAUGCAGAGCUGGCAUCAGGCAAGGCGCAGGGGGCAACAGCUCAGGCGAAACAGUUAUGGAAACGUCUGGAAGACAUCAAGCACCUGCAGGCGGAUCUUGCAGCAGAGGUGGAGGCACUGAACAAGGUGGCUGCGGACGGAGACGGACCCACGACACCCUCGGCCGAGUUGCGGAUUCCACAGGAUGUUCGUCGGGCGAAGAUGCAACAGGUCCAAGGCAUGCUGUCAAGGGAGAGUGCCUUGGUCGAGGCGGUGGCUGCUCGACUCGAACGGCUGCAAACCAAUGUUUGAAGCUAAUGUGUACAAUACCAACCUACCUAUCUAUCU